GCCUUCCAAGUGACAAUUCUUGACGGCUGUAGGUUCACACAGUGACCUCUAGUGACCUUGCGAGGUUAGUUUGGCGACUUUCCGGUGUGUGCCGAAUCUCGCACAGACCACGCCAAUAGCGGCGUCACUCGCUUCCUACCCGGCCACUUCCUACAGCGCGUCACCCCCCCACCACCGCCGCCACUCAUCCACUCCAUCAACUCCACCGACCACUACACAGUUAGACUUACAGUCCAGCACAACCACCACAACCAACUCCAACCACUACACACAGACUUGCAGUCCAGCACAACCACCACAACCAACUCCAACCACUACACACAGACUUGUAGUCCAGCACAACCACCACAACCAACUCCAACCACUACACACAGACUUGCAGUCCAGCACAACCACCACAACCAACUCCAACCACUACACACAGACUUGCAGUCCAGCACAACCACCACAACCAACUCCAACCACUACACACAGACUUGCAGUCCAGCACAACCAACUCCAACCACUGCACACAGACUUACAGUCCAGCAGCAGCACCACCGCCAACUCCAACCACUAAACACAGACUUACAGUCCAGCACAACCACCAUCAACUCCAACCACUACACACAGACUUACAGUCCAGCACAACCACCGCCACCACCAAAUUCCACAACCACCGGCAUUCCUGCACAACGCUGCCCUGCGCAGCUACGCCGCGCAGCGGAUACACAGCGCCCGGCACCAACAUUACACGGCCAUCACAACAACACUAGCAGUCGCCCCACCUCCUACAACUUCAGCUCAGCUCUACACAUCCCCCUUACAACUCUGUAAGCCCCCGGUCGCGAGCGAGCUGCACUGGGGAGGAACAGGCGACUGGGCAUGGAUAACGGAGGAGGGCAACAGUGGGAGGAUUUAAAGUCCCUGCUCCCGUCACCUCCCGCGACGCCUGAUGCAUUAUCCUCACCGGGCCACGGUGGGGCGACCCAACACACCAUCAACAUCUACCCCAACCCAACCUCGCGUCUCCUGGAGAGCGGCGAAGCCGAGCUGCACCUCAGGCAGGUGGAGCAUCAGCAGCAGCAGAAGCAGCGGCAGCAUCAGGAAUCAGCCGCCACCAUUGCUACGCCGCAAUGGAUGGAUUUGGCCGACAGUUCCAGCAUAGAGCCCAUGGCGAUGGCCUCUCGGGCUGGAUCUGCUGCUGGAGCUGCUGCUGCUGGUAGUUCUGGUGGUGGCGGUUGCAGUGUCCUCCCGUGCAACGCAGCGGAGCGCACCGCCGGGCCCUCUCUGCUGCUGCACAAGCGGCUGCAAGAGGAGGCGCAGAGCCUGGCGCGGGACCGGGCGGGCACGCCGGACUUCCAGGCGUGCCGCGGGGGCGGCCCGCAUGGCCACAGCGUGCUGUGCGCCACGCACAGCCACGGACGCUGCUUCCGCCUGCACUGGUGCUGCCUGCUGGGGUGGUGCCACUGUAAAUACGUGUACCGAGCGUUCACCCCACUAGAACGGCUGCCCAGCACAGCGGUGCCUGUCCGGCCGGGAGAUGCGACUCAGGGACGCCUCCUGCCCCUCGUCCGGUGGAGUACCGCCGCUGCCCCUGCCGCUGCCCUUGCUGCUGUACCUCCUGCUGCCCCUCCUGAUGCUGUUGCGGCCGGCGAGGUGCCGGAGCCCAGUUCAACCCCAACCCGGUGUCUUGGAGCUCGCGGAGACCUCGGGUACCCGUGGAGUGCGGCGAGACGCCCCAAGCCCGGCGAGCUGAUCCACAGCGUGGAGUCGGUCGUGUGAGCCUCUCCAAAGAGACGGACUUUUGGGGCAAGUGCUGCGAGCAACUAUGAAGGGCGGCACGGCCGCCUCUGCCUCCUGAGUGGCGAUAUUUUUAUGCACCGCACCAGAUACUCAUUUGAGGCCGAGUCGACCUUGAGGACACUCAGGACCGAUUAAGAUAAUCGUCACUGUUGUUUGCCAUGAGCGGGAAUUGAACUCGAGUCACCGGGUUCGUAGCACAUCGUGAUAAACGCUGCACUCCUACUCUAUACGAAUACACACUCGCACGCCCUUGUUCUACAGUUUGGAACAGACUUCUUGGGAAUAGAUUCCCUUGGGUAGCCAGUAUUACUUUAUCCAGUACUACUGCUCAUGUUGCCUCCCACGCAGGGUCGGAUUAAGGUUAUGAGGGGCAUAUGAAAUCAUCGUUAUUUAUUUAUUUACCUUUGAACGCAUUCCACUCAAUGUAGAUUCAUCAAACAAUCACUCACUACACUCUUUUCUUAAUUCGUUUUCAUCCCUAGCUUUAGCUUGUGGCAAAGUCAUGAAUUAUGUCAACGUUCAUUCAAAGACAAAAACAUUUACGAAGGCCGCUCUACCGACGCUCAUCUGUUACUGCAAUGUGGAACGGAGAGCCUAAAGGAGGGCCUUCAAAAUAUUCGGGCCUAUACCCUGGAACAACGUUUCAUCUGGCCCCCUCCGGAGUGUGUCCUGAUCUUGAGUUGGGAGUAGAAGACUUCCCUACCAAAUAUGAGAGGGCCUAAGGCCCUUAUUAGCCUCUGGGUUAAUCCGGGAUGUUCGUGUCUGGGCCCUGUCCUCUUUCCUUGACUCCGACUCACUCGAUUGUUUUCACUCCCAUUUCCUCGUACUGUCAUUUACAGGUCAAUGUAUAUUGAUGUGUUGAUUUGUUCUCACCAGAGAGACCGUUUACUGAAUGCAGUGUUCAAUUUUGCGCUGCUGGUGUUGGACGUGUCUUACAAAGUGUACGCGAUUGCCGCACAAUGGUUCAUGGUAUUUAUUGUGCCAUUCAAACACACAACUUGAUAUAUGUAUGCAUAUAUAUAAUGUAAAAUGUUUCUAUGGCAUAGUGGGUUAUAGCUGUUACAUGUACUGGCGAUGAAAUGUUCAGAGACUUCAAAUCUAAACAGUUGCGCGUGACUUUCCAUCUGGGGUGUGACGAUCCCUCUCCCGGCGAUUUGAUGAAUUGUCAUCAUUCAGGAUUGUGUGAUUCGAUUGCAGUCAAUUCGUUAAAAAAUUGUGGUGAAUGUAGCGGCCAAUAGUGGCUGCAGGGGUCACGCGAACCGAAUACAUUCAACGUACUAAUUGAAAAGUGUUUGAUUCUGAAACGUGCGUGUGUAGAAAAUCAAUAAUAGGUUAAUCGAUGCAUGGUCACACUACAGCUGGAUCGUGUCAUGCUAAAGCUAUCCAUAUGUUUAACACACUCUAAACGUAAACGUGUGUCUAUACACUCCGGGCUUAUCUUACAAGUAUUUUACCAAAACGCACUGCUGAACAACAACAAAUAUAUUUAAGUAAAUGCUUAUGCAUUUUGUGUAUAUACAUUGCUGUGACUGAACUAGACCAUCAAUGUGUAUAUAUUUUUUUUAUAAAAGCAAUUACAGUACUGUAUAUAAAAUGAAAAA